UACAGCUGACAACGAAAACAAAGAAAGGCAUGGCUUUCCUCCCACUUUCUAUUUAGAGAAAAAUCAAACAUUCACUGUAUUCACUGUUUAUUCAGUUCACACACUACAUUUCGAAGGCACAUAUACAUCUAAAGGCACACUUAGAGAGGGUGAAUUGGUGACUGGACUGUGAGAUAUUAUAAUAAAGAAGAACACUAAAGAGAAAAAAGGAAUCAAGAAACUCUGUAGACAACUGAUGGUCUCUCCACCUUGUGAUUGCUGGACCCUCCUCUACUAUGCUCAAUCUCAUCAAGCUACCUCAAGUGUUCACCAUCAACCAAGUUCCUAAAGUCUUCCAUGAGGAUGGCAUCAUUUCAGGGUAUCGCCACCCAUGCAGCUCUGCCAAAGACUGUGUGCUUAGUCUUUUCCAGUUAACAAAUGAAACCCUCAAUAUUUGGACUCAUUUUCUGCCUACAUGGUUUUUCUUAUGGAAACUGACAGUAGUACUAGUGCAGGAUGACUUGCAGGAUCCUUUCACCUGGCCCUUGCUGGUAUUCCUUUUGUCAUGCUGCGUGUACCCACUCGCUUCCAGCUGUGCUCAUACUUUCAGUACCAUGUCAGAGAGGGCCAGGCACAUCUGCUUCUUCUUUGAUUAUGGAGCACUCAGCUUCUAUAGCCUUGGUUCUGCCAUCACCUACUCUUAUUACUCAUUUCCAGAUAAAUGGGUCAAUAGCACAUUUCACAAAUACUAUGUUCCUAUAGCUGUUGUCAAUUCUGUUUUUUCCACUGCACUGGCCUGCUACUCAAGACUGGGUUUACCAUUUUUUCAGUAUAAUUAUCACAGCAUUAAAAGUUGUUCUGGAAAAUUAGAUCAGAAACUCAGUAAAUGUCUACGGAUAAUCGCCUUUGUCUAUCCAUAUCUCUUUGACAACAUCCCUCUCUUUUAUAGAAUCUUUGUGUGCACUGGAGAGGGUUGCACUGUUAAUGAAGCCAAUACUGUUCACUAUCAGCACACAUCAUUGGCUGUCCUCACUGGCUUUCUUUUUGCCACACACCUGCCUGAACGCUUGGCUCCUGGCAGUUUUGACUACAUAGGUCACAGUCAUCAGCUCUUUCACGUGUUCGCUAUUAUUGGCACAUAUUUCCAGAUGACCGCCAUUGAACUUGACAUGGCUGCACGGAAGCAGUGGCUUCAUGCUCAUUUUCCACCAGUCACCCUUUCAGACACUGUGGGAGCGGCACUCUUUAGUGUGGUCUGCGGCCUUUGUAUAGUAUAUGGCUUCAGUCUGGCACUUUUCUCCACUUGAGGUGUAAAGGACAAAUUAAUUUGAAUUGUGACAUUUGAUUAGGUUACACCGGGCAGCUAAGUUAAUUUCCCUUAAAGGGGUCAUAUGAUGCUUUAAUGUAAAAAAAAAAAACACACAUUCUUUUUCAAAUACUGUACAUUAUUGUAAGUCCUCUAUGCCCCACCUCUCUCAAACACUUAGUAGUCGUUUUCUACAAAGUCCCUCCUUCUAACAAGAGCAGUCUGCUCUGAUUGGCCAACUGACCCAGAGCAUUGUGAUUGGCUGAACACCGCAAGCACAGGUCGGUAAUUUAAUGAUCCUUUCCAUAAUCGCGAGCUUGUUCUUACAAAAUAAAUUUAAUGACAGUUAAUAAUGACCUUAGAUUUACCAUCAGGUUAAGCCUGAAAGGGGAACAGAGUCGCGUGACAGACACAGUGAUGAAGCUUGUAUGUGUUUGCAGUACACAAGCCACAGACGGUUAAGACAGCUCGCUCUCUCUCUCUCUCUCUCUCUCUCUCUCUCUCUCUCUCUCUCUCUCUCUCUCUCACACACACACACACACACACACACACACACACACACGUGAUGUGCAAAACUUUGCAUUGGAACAUUCAAUAGCAAAUACUUAAACUAAUAAGUAAACAUACUUACAGUAGCUGAUUCAGAAGAACCAGAUUGUCAUUGCAAUGUCAGAAUGACCUCCUCUCAUAGGUCCAUGAAAAUGCGUUGCUGUUCUUUUGUAAGUAAUCUUAAAGAUUCCUAAAUGCAUCUUGUGUCGGAAGGCCAAAUAAAGUGCAUUUGCUUUCACCUAGAUACACACAGCAUCUCUCUGACAGGGCUGCUUUAAAACUAACUGCAGUUACUGAAACCAUGCCUUCUUUCUUUGCAUGAACAUUUUGGCAGCAUUACGCGAAUAUUUCCAUAUAGUGAUGUGGACAUGUGUGUGCGUGUUAGAACGAGCCGUUUUAGGGAGCAUGGCAAAGUCUUAACUUUUUAGAGAAUAUCUUUUUGGAUUUGAGACUUUAGUCUUUGCAACUUUACAGGUCUUCUUUAUGCACCAAGAGCUUGUAACACUCCAAAGAGAAAGGAAAAAUGUAAACCGCAUCAUAUGACCCAUUUAAAACUAUAUAUUGUAUAUAUUGUAGCCAUAUGAUCAGUGGCAACAGUUUCAUUAAGAUUUUAUGUAAACUGGAAGAGUACAAGACUGUAUAAUUUGAUUAUUUUGUAUGUUUGAUUUAUGUUUUUUGUAAUGAGUGUGUCAUUUGUUUUCUCUGCUUCUUAUCACAUGCUUAACAUUUGCACAAUUUCAAAGCAAAUUUCCACGUUUUUGAAGCACAUGAAUCAAACUAUAUUAUCGUUUUUACAAGUGACUUUUUAUAAUCAGUCUUUUUGAAAACUGUAAAACCUUCUGUGUACAAUUUUUCUUUCUUAUAAAUAAAUCUUGUAAAAAUGACAACAUUUUACAAAUGAACUGAA